CAAAGCUGGCAAUAUUAUGACUACAAUCGAAUGAAUGAAUGUGGAAUGAAUGACGAAAGAAAUGAAAAAAAAUCACUCACUCCACAGAGUAAUCUUCGCAAAAUAAUAAAUAAACAUUUUAUUAAAUAAAUUCAUUAUCCAACUCUAAUGGAAAUUGAUAAUUGGCCGUUAAUAGAGCCACAAAUAAAAAUAGAAUAUGAAGAUACUGGUGCUGAAGAUCCUCUCUUUGUUAGGAAACGUGAUAAGGAUAUUACCAAGUCUCAACUCUUCAUGGUAGUUGAAAGUUCGAAACUGCCAAAUCCAAAAUCAGGAAUUGUUGAGGUGCAAAAACCAAAUGGAAACUGGUAUAAAUGUAUAGACAGUGUUGGAAAAUAUCAUUGCAAGUUUUGUGAACUUGUGUACAACUCCAUUCAAACUCUUAGAGUCCACACAAAGAUGAAACAUUCUUCUGAAGCUUUAGCGAUAACUGCAGCACAGUCCAAUAUCAAGAAGAGUAGAAAAAAUUUAUGCCACAUUUGCAAAGAAAUGUUCAAAAGUUUAAAUCAUUUGGAGGAACAUUUAAAAAACUCCCAUCAAAUGUACAAAGAAAAUAAAUGUUGCCAUUUAUGUCACUCUGUAUUUGACAAUGAAAAAGUGUUAUCAGAUCACAUGCUUUCAGCGCACAAUGUUCAGCUAAGGAAAAUGCAUAUUUGUAAUACUUGUGGUUAUGUCACAACGAAAAGGUCACACUUCAAUCAACAUAGAGAUAUUCACUUUGGGAGAAAUAUGAGAAAAUGCAAAUAUUGUGAUUAUGAAACAAGUUACUUACCGAACUUGAAAAUUCAUGAACAACUUCAUAACGAAAAGAAACCUUAUUCAUGUGAUUAUACUAAUUGUUUCUAUACAGCCAAGUCUCGUGCUGCUUUGAGAAGUCAUCAAUUGACACAUAAUAAAGAGGACAAUUUUAUUUACUGUGAUAAAUGCACUUAUAAGACUGUAUACAGACAAUCUCUCAAAAAACAUUUAAAUAGCCAUAUGAGAUAUACUGUUAAGUUAAAGCCAUGAAUAGUUAUUCUUGUGCCCUUGAUCAACAUUACAUGGUAUCUAUAACAAUAUCUUUAUUAAAGUAAUCAAUGUGAACUUAUGACUAACUAACAUCACAUAAUAAAUAGACUUAGAAUCGCAAGAUACUUAAAGAUACACCAAUAAUACAUAAAGAGCUAUUAAGUUUUACCUUUUAUGCAAAUAGGUAUGUAUUUUUUCUGAAAAUUAACACAUCAAUAUAAAUACCUAUUAAAAAAAGAUGAAUAGUAUUCUUUAACUAUCUAAAAAUAAAACUGACUUACUGUUGCAUGUAUUUAUUUAUUUAGUGAAAACUGAUUAUGUACAGACUGUCACACAUGAAGUUAAAACUAAAAUUUUCUCCAAAAAUCGGGAAUCUUAUUUCAAGCAAUCAAAUCAAAGUCAGUUACAGGAAAUUUUACAGGUUUGUGUUACUUAUGGCUAUCUGUACAUAAUUCAGUGGGUUCUCUCAGAUUUUUACACCACUUAAUACACUUUCCCUUAAAACCAUGACUUAAUGGUUCUAUAGUAAAAGAAAAUUGUUAUUAAACUUCACGAAGUUCAGUUUUCGUAAUAACAAAAUUUGAAUUCAUAGUUUAGAAUUACUAAAUAACAAUAGAAUGAUUUAUGUAACAUCAAUGAUUGUCUAACAUUAUGAUAAUGAUUUUGAUUAUGUUAGUGAAACCAAUGUGACUUUUUAAUCAUGAGCUCUUAACUUGCACAUAAGCCCUUUCAGUGAGGUGUUGGUUUGUGUCCAUCUACAUAGAAAUUCCUUGUGGCUUUAGGUAACCUUAAUUCCAUUCCUUCCAAGUCUUUGGUGAGAGUAAUUUGACA